UCGCUCACCACAACCGCGCUAAUCAAUUCUCAUCUUUCACUUUCGGCGAAAAGAACAAAAGAAAUUCCAGAUAGAGAAGAACAAAUCUCAGAUGUGAAAACUGUUAUAUAGCCAACCACACAUACACAAAGCGAGCACCAGAUCCGCUUCAUCUUCAUUGUGUGAUUUCUGAGAGUUUGAGCCAUGGAAGAGAAGCUGAUACAGAGACUGGAGUCGGCAGUGACGCGGCUCGAAGCGCUUUCGACGGGAUUUCGACCGGGAGGUUCCGGGGAAAUUGUUGACGAUGCUGCGACGGAUCCGGCUAUUGUGGCGUUCGAUGAUAUGAUGAGGCAGUAUUUUGGUACGGUUUCUAGUGCUGCCGAGAAGAUUGGGGGGCAGGUGCUCGAGGUCACGAAGGUUGUCGAACAAGCUUUUGGUGUUCAAAGGGAGCUUCUCAUCAAGGUGAAGCAAACUAAGAAACCUGACCUUGCAGGGUUGGCUGAGUUUCUUAAGCCAUUGAAUGAAGUGAUAACGAAAGCUACUGCAAUGACUGAAGGCAGACGAUCUGAUUUUUUCAACCACUUGAAAGCUGCUGCUGAUAGCCUCACAGCAUUGGCUUGGAUUGCUUUUACAGGAAAAGAUUGCGGUAUGAGCAUGCCUAUUGCUCAUGUGGAAGAAAGUUGGCAAAUGGCUGAGUUUUACAGUAACAAGAUCCUUGUGGAGUAUAAAAGCAAAGACACAAAUCAUGUUGAGUGGGCAAAAGCUCUGAAAGAGCUAUAUUUACCUGGAUUAAGGGACUAUGUGAAGGGUCAUCAUCCUUUAGGGCCAGUUUGGAAUCCUGCUGGCAAAACAGCAACUUCUGCUCCACCAAAAGCUUCUACACCAAAGGCCCCUGGCCCUCCACCUCCCCCACGAGCUUCACUAUUCAGUUCUGAGGCUUCUCAGCCUUCAUCAUCGGGACCAAAGAAAGGGAUGGCUGCUGUUUUCCAAGAAAUUAAUUCGGGGAAGCCUGUGACAUCAGGUCUUAAAAAGGUCACAGAUGAUAUGAAGACGAAAAAUCGGGCAGAUAGAAGUGGCCAUGUUGGUAACGGUGAGAAAGAGAGUCGAACUAGUUCAUCCUCUUUCUCGAAAACUGGACCUCCUAAGUUAGAGCUUCAAAUGGGUCGUAAGUGGGUGGUUGAAAAUCAAAUUGGAAAAAAGAACCUAGUCAUCGAUGACUGCGACGCAAAACAGUCAGUUUAUAUUUAUGGGUGCAAGGAUUCUGUUUUGCAGAUUCAGGGGAAAGUCAACAACAUAACGAUUGACAAAUGCACUAAGAUGGGAGUUGUGUUUACGGAUGUCGUUGCUGCAUGUGAAAUUGUAAAUUGCAAUGCUGUUGAGGUGCAAUGUCAGGGCUCAGCUCCCACAAUAUCAGUGGACAACACAACUGGUUGCCAGUUAUAUUUAAGCAAGGAUUCUUUGGGGGCAUCUAUUACAACUGCUAAGUCAAGUGAAAUCAAUGUAAUGACACCAGGUGCCAAGCCUGAUGGUGAUUGGGGGGAGCAUGCUUUGCCGCAACAAUACAUUCAUAUAUUCGAGGAUGGCCACUUUGAGACAACCCCCGUCUCUCACUCUGGAGGAUAAUUGAGGUGUUAUAUCUGCAAAAUUUCAGCUUCAGCAACUUUAUUAUUCAUUUUGUGUGGUGGCUGGGUUGCUUCAUUUUUUUCUUCUUGAUGUGGUGAUCUAUAUAUUUUUUGAGUCACUGAUAAUUUGUUGGUUAUGGCUUGCGUCGUUCUUUGUUUUAUUGAACAGUGGAAAUGACUUUUGGACAGUGCUUGUUUCUAGAUGAAUAUCUGGUUGUGAGGCUUUGAUGGCUGUUUGUUGUAAUGAGAAUUUUUUUGGUUAUAUCUGGAAUUUUUAGUAAAUUUCCUGGCA